AUGGCGCACUCAACUCAACCACCGGAUAUUUCCCUAACCGCUCGAAAUACAGCAGAGUUCAAUGAUUUCUUGGCGCAGAUUGCUGACAAAAUAACAGAAGAAGAGUUGAAGAAAAUGAAAUUUCUCUGUGAUGAACAAAAAAACAAUAAUUGUUUACCACGAGGAAAGCUCGAUGCUAUCAAAACCCAACGCGAGUUUUUGAGCUUCUUACGCCAUCACGAUAAAAUCUGCCUAGAAGACGUAUCCUAUUUGGUAUGGCUACUCAGAAACGUCGGAUGCAGUAAGCUAGCCUCUUCAAUCGAGGAACAAGGUACACCGUCGUCGCAGGGUGGUUUACCUCGAAAUCUUCCGCAUUUAACCGCACACUUCGUUGGAAGAGACGCGGACGUAGAUAAAAUCGUAAAGAAACUGCAGACCUUUCGUAUGGUUGUUCUUCUUUCUAUGCCAGGAAUGGGGAAGACUGAAGUGGGAAUCCGUGUAAGUCACUUGUUAAAGCAGAGGGGUGACCAGUUUGUAACACAUAUUCGAGUAGAAAGUCAUCAGAAGCUCAUAAACAUCUGCAGUGAGAUUCUUGAUCGAUUGAGUAGUCGCACCUAUUCGGAAACCGCUAAUUUUAUGUCUCUUGCGAAGCGUAAACUCUCGGAGCGAAAUAUCCCGACCGUCAUUGUCCUAGACAAUACAGAGAAUAUACAAGGCGAGGAAUUUGAUGAAUUCGCUCAAUGGCUCGUGAAAUCUGCCCCUAAUGUAAAGUUAAUAAUCACUACUCGAAGACAUGUUGGAUUCGUGUCGCCAGACGUAUGUAAGUUACCUCUCAAACCUUUGGAUCUCGACUCGUCUGCUAAACUGCUUCGGAGUCUUGUUGAUGACUGUAGUGAGGAACACUCCAAGGAACUUGCUAAAUUAUGUGGUGGGAUACCACUCCUGCUUGUGACCUGUUCUGACGUGCUGAACAAUGGUUUUAGUCCCGAGGUGUUAAUCCAACAGCUCGUGAAAAAUCCCAUACAACUUUUCAGGAUCAGUGCGGAGGAUGUUUAUAACACGCUGGAAAUAUUUUUUGACAAUUUUUCCGAUGAGGUAAAAGAAAAUCUUGUCCUUUUCUCUGUUUUCCCAUCGGAGUUCAUACCUCAAGACGUUCAGUUUCUUUUUGAAGAUCUUUUACAUUGUGAAACAGCGAAGACCAGGAUGGUUAAGUAUGCUCUUCUUCAGAAGGACGCCGAUGGAAAGAUGAGGAUGCAUCCUUUGAUCCAAGCCUACUUCCGGACAGAGAAUGAAUCACUAGGCAUGGGUGACCUGUGGCGCGCCACUCAGCGUAAAUUUAACCAUCAUUACCUUGAUCAGCUGAGAGUCUUGAGCGAAGAGUUUAUUAGCAAAGAUUCAGCUUUGGGUGCGAUCCGUAAGUUUCGACAACAGAAAGCGAACAUCAUGGAAGCGCUGAAGAAUUGUCUAGAAGACUCUAGCGAUUUAGAUGAUAAAUAUUUCGUUGUAGACGUCGUUAAUGGUACAGAAGUACUGGAUUUUGUGGUAAAAGUUCUAACACCCCCUAAAGAGUGCACAAUGCUGUACCAGAAAUGCUGUGAUAUUGCUAAAGCGUCCGGCCACAAGAAGAGGCAUGCAGAGAGCUUGAAUUCACUGGGAUUCCGUCGUCUCUGUGACGUGGCUCACAGCAGAGACAGCCCAGAAGAAAACCAAGUCACACUUGCAAUGUUUCAGGAAGCAUAUGAUAUGCGCAGGACACUACCAGAGGAGGAACAAAAGUCCCAAACUCAUGCGCACACUGCUAGUAAGCUCGGAGUAUGUUUUGUAUUGCAGGGAGAAGAAAAAAAAGGACGCAAGCUCAUACUGGAAGGAAUUUCAAUCAGAAAUUCUUUACGUGGCUGUUUGUAUGUUGCUGCUGGAUACUGUGACCUUGGAAAUUCUUAUCGACUGUGUGGAGAUCAUCAAGAAGCAAUCGACAUUUGGAAAAAGAACACUCUGCCUAUUUACCAAGAGCAGCUUGGUGACCACCCCUGGACAGCUUCAAUUUUGUCCUUCAUCGCUGACUCGACGUACAAGGCCCUAGCGACUGGAAGCCCUGAGCGAGGUGACAUCAACCAGGCUGAGAUGUACUUCAGGGAAGCUCAAGGGCUACGAAAGAGGCUGUUGGGUCACCAUCAGGAUACAGCUCGUUCGUGCGUACAGCUUAGCGAUGUCUUAUUCCUUCAAGGACAAUUCGAUGAGGCUUUAGAGGAGCUCAAUGAGGCCUUUGUAAUUCAAAAGGAUAUUUUGGGCCCUGAACACAAGAUCACGAAGGACACUGUGAGAAAAAUGAGUGACGUGAUGGACAAACGAGGAUCAAAUCCUUGUUAAUUGCAUAUUCUCAAAACCGAAACUCGAGGUAAAACUCUUGGGUCUUGGCAAACAGACUGAAGCAUGUGAUUAAAAAGGUAAUGUUGUAUUAUCAACUCAAUUGAUAAUACUAAAUUACUAUGUUAUACUCUUCCACCGACUCAGCGCCGCAGUUUCUUCAGAAAAUUACCCCAGCCCUAUGUAAAUAGAUCUGAGGCCAACUAGUGUCUCAUCAGUGUUGCAAGAAAAUGUUAUAAAUUCAUUGGAGUAAUAAAUCAAGUGUUUGCCUUCUUUUAUCAUCGUUACGAACGAUUUUUAUAGUUGGGUUUAUUUCUGUCGUGUUUAUUGUGUUUCGGUAUAGGCAUCGACUUAUCCCACAAAAUGAAAGUAUAUUGUGAUACGUCAGAAGAAAAUUACUUUAGUCAUUGCUAAGAAGCCUUUCAAUACUUUUACUUACCCCAUAAGGAUUUUAAAAUAUUGCAGUUUCCUGCUAUUUAUUUGUUUCGAAUUGCGAAGUUUAUGGAGCACAAUUCAGGGAGUAAUCGUGCAAAUAAUCAGGCUUAGUUCGCCCUGAUUUGUAUGACUCUAAUUUCCAGAUGCAAGAAACUCAGCCAUAAAAUAUUUAAUGUCAGAACAGGCAUCAACCUAAAGUUAAUUUCAUCCAUUUUUCUUGUCUUCAAACUUAACCUGAGCAACUUACUCCCAAUAGAUUUUCCUUGAUUUUCAUUGGUUAGAAUAUGUAUGAGAUUUGAAUUUCAUUGGCUAGUUAACAACUAUUCAGAUGGAUGUGGCUAGUUGUGGGUUAUACCACCAUCGCUAGACAUCGACACUGAGGUGAAUAAUAGUUUUAGUAUAUACUAAAACGGUGAGAUA